AUGCCUGCGCCCACAACCCACCACACCCGCCUGCGCCACGGCGCCCCGACGCUCCUGCUCCUCCUGACGGCUCUCGCCACCACCCUCGCCUGCCGCCACCUGCCUCCCUGCCACUCCACCUUCCCCUGGGACAGCCUCAGCAUCCUCCGGGACAUGGCUCCCAGACCGCCACAGCCCUGCCAAUACCAACAGGCGCCCUUCCCCUUCCCCGACACCCUCCUCCACAACAGCCACCCACAGCAAGCCGCCGCCACCGCCCGACACAUCCUCGACAACCUCUUCGCCACCCUCAGCGCACAGAGCACCCCCCAACACUGGGACGACCAGGCACGCCAUCGCCUCCUCAACAACCUCCACCGCCACAGCCAGCAGCUCCAGCAAUGCCUCGCACCCAACGGCACGCUCUCCCAAGGACAAGGGCCCCGCAACCGCACGCUCACCAUCAACAAAUACUUCGGGCGCAUCCACAACUUCCUCCACACCCACAACCACAGCGCCUGCGCCUGGGACCACGUCCGCCUCGAAGUUCGCGCCUCUUUCCAGCGCCUCCACAACCUCACCCGCACCAUGUGCAAUUAGACCAACCGCCCCGACCAACCCGCGC